AUGUGUUUGGUGGAUAUUGAACUAGAUGAACUGAGCCGCAUUGAUCACAGGUCUCAAACAGCAGAAUGGAUAUUUAGAGGUUUCGGAAAAUGGUUUUACUUUAAUCCAGGACUAUAUGAAGAUAAUCCAGUUAAUAAUAUUUUAAUGACUUCUUCAACCAAUCCUACUGAUGUUUAA